CUGUGAUCCCGCAAAUAAGCCGGCUUGGAGCACCCCACCGCAUACACCGUGCGGCGAGAACCAAAGCGCGCGUUCUUUUUGCCCUCUUCUAGAAAAACAUAUACAUAAUAUAUCUCUACAACCCCCCUUCUCCGCAAUGAAUAUCUUUCGACUCGUUGCAGACUUGAUGCAUUUAGCAUCCAUUUUUAUACUCUUGCUGAAAAUUAGGAGUACGCGGUCAUGUGUCGGCAUUUCAUUCAAGUCGCAGUUACUGUACUCAAUUGUCUUCCUGACACGUUAUCUUGACCUAUUCGUUAAAUUUCACUCUGUAUACAACACCUGCAUGAAGAUCUUUUUUUUUGCUUCAUCCAUUUACAUUUUGUACCUCAUGAAAGUCAAGUUCAAGGCCACUUACGACGCUAGUUUGGAUACCUUCCGUAUCGAGUACUUGUUGGGCGGCGCUGGCGUUUUGGCACUUGUAUUUCCUCACGAAUAUACUGUUUUGGAGGUCCUUUGGUCAUUCUCGAUCUGGCUCGAGUCCGUUGCAAUUUUGCCUCAGCUGUUCAUGCUUCAGCGUACAGGUGAAGCAGAGACGAUCACAACCCAUUACUUGUUUGCUCUAGGAGCAUAUCGUGGAUUGUAUAUUCUCAACUGGAUUUAUCGCUACGUGAACGAAAACCAUACCGACAUUAUUGCAUGGGUUGCUGGUCUGUUGCAGACGGCUUUAUAUAGUGACUUCUUCUACAUUUACUACACCAAGGUUCUCAAGGGCAAGAAGUUCGAGUUACCGAAAAUGGUUUAAAAAUCUGUCACUUUGUAUUUCCUCGCGGUACUCUCUUCAGCCCCUAUUGUCAAUAGUAUAAAUAAAACACGAUAUCGGCUCAUCCUUUCUUUUUUUCUCUUCACGAACGACAAAUGAACUUUUACGCGAUGGAUUAUAUGUAUUCUUUGUAACGCACACAUGGCGUUGAGACAUCAAGGGAAUACAUGAACAAUGAAAAUGGUAUAUGAUUCAUGAGGAGAACUUUCCAUCCAG